AUGUUAGGCCCUCUGCAAGGCCUCCCGCCGAAUAAUCAGUCGCAACAGAGUCAGCAACAGCAACAGCAACAGCAGCAGCAGCAGCAGCAACCGGGCCAGAACAAUAUUCCUCCGCCGCCGCCGUUAAAUGGCCAGGACUACACUCUUUCCAGUGUUUUGCAUUUCUUGCAAACAGAAUGGAGGCGCUAUGAACGUGACCGCAAUGAAUGGGAAAUUGAGAGGGCAGAGAUGAGGGCCCGUAUUGCCCUGCUCGAAGGCGAAAGACGUUCCUUUGAAAAUGUCAAGCUCGACCUGAUGCGUCGUAUAAAAAUGCUUGAAUACGCCUUGCGUAUGGAACGGUUCGUUGCCAAAACAUCUUCCGUCCAACGCGUCCUCCCGGCGCCUCCAGCAAAGCUGGCUUUGAUGCAGGCUCAGACUUUGAGAGACGACUUGUCCAAAGAAGAAAGUAGCGGAAGUUCACCUCGGAGUGAUGAUUCUCCUCUUCCAGAUAGUCGUCCACCAAAUGGUGCACCUUCGAUAGGACCGUCUGGGAGACCAGGUUCUUGGACCGGACUUAAUUGGCCAAGCGGUCCUUCCGCUAAUACUCUCGCAGGAAUAGGCAAACCGCCGCCAGGCCGAGAUCCAAAAAGUAGGGCACGUAGUCGGGACUACUUGAAGCAGUGUCUUCAAGAAAUCCAGUAUUUAACUUCACCACAGGCAAUGAACCCACUUCCCAACCGACCAUUAAUCAACCAUUCGACAGUGCCGCUCUCAUUACCCAAUGUCCCUUCCUUUGAGCAAAUGGCUUACAACGGGCGUCCCAGGAAAGUCCUGCCAGAAGCCGGCUCAUCUUUACUAAACGGAAUAAACUUGAUCUCGGGGCCCUCAUCUGCUCCUGCUACUGGUCCUCUGGAGCGAAGUAAUCCGCUAGCAAGUGGCAUGAUGCAGCAGCACAUACAGCUGCAACAGGUCCAGCAACAGCAACAGGUUCAGCAGCAGCAGCAGCAGCCACCUUCCACGCAACAACAAUCGAACGGAAACCAAUCUCAGCCGAUACUUCCCGGUACCUCUCAGUUAGAUAAUAAAGGUUCUGAAUCCGAGCCGCGACAGUUGACGAUGAUCUUUCGACCUGAUGAUUCCGGAGAGUGGAAAGACAAGCUCAGGCAGGCACACGAAGCUUCUGAACAGCUUAGGCUUUCCAGAGAAUCCCAGGCUGCCGGAGGUUCCUGGGAAGGACGAAGAGAGUUUGAAGAUGAACUCAAAGAAGACGAGGGAGAAGUCGAUGACGAUGAUUCUUCAGUAGUAUCCGAAGGCGAUGGAAGUAAAGUAUGGAAAGCCAGACGGACGCUCAGAAAUCAUCUCGAUGCUGUUAGGGCAGUUGCGUUCCAUCCCCAUGAGCUGUGCUUAGCUACGGGAGGUGACGAUUGUACAGUCAAGAUAUGGCGAAUGGAUGUCGCAGGCCUAGCCUCAUCUACUUCCAGGGUCACUACGGAAAUUGAGCCACAGAUCACUCUAAGGGGACAUUCUGCUGCCAUCACACGUUUGAUACACGCGCCUUCAAAACGGCUAUUGUAUUCUGCCUCAUUAGACUCCUCAAUACGAGUUUGGGCUCUGCCGUCUCCCUCUCAUACGACAUAUGCGCCGUAUGAUGACAGCACAUUUAGAGGCCACCUAGUAGGCCAUACUGAUGCCGUAUGGGAUCUGGCUUUGGCUCGGGAUGAGAGCACGCUCAUCAGUUGUGGCGCAGAGGGAGCGGUCAAAGUAUGGGAUGUCGGUGGACCUUCGCCUGGCGCACUUAAGCUAACUUGGGGUUGGCUUGGGGUGGAUGGCAUUAGUGACGCACCGACGGAUGACAAUCGCGACGCUCCCGGUGCAACGUCCAUUGAGGCCAUUAAGAGCGACCUUAAAAAGGUCGCAGUGGCAUACCAGAAUGCUGUAGUCAAGAUUUUUGACAUUGAGACUGGUAAAGAGCUUUCGAGAUUAGGAAGUGACAUGAGCUAUGAUGGUACGCCUGCGACGCAAGUCAACUGUAUAACGUCACAUCCAACAAUGUCAUUACUGGUUACCGCCCAUGAAGACAAGUUUAUCAGAAUCUUCGACAUCAUCACAGGUCAAUGCACACACUCGAUGCAAGCUCAUCUUGAUGGCGUCACAUCGAUUUCAAUCGACGCAUCAGGUUUUUCCCUUGUAUCUGGAAGUCAUGAUUGCUCCAUCCGAUUCUGGGAUCUUCUCGGCUCCCGGCAGUGCGUACAAGAGAUCACAACGCAUCGAGAGAAAGCACGGGAAGGCGUAUUAGAUGUCGAAUUCCAUCCAACACUACCAUUUAUGACCAGCGCCGGUGCGGAUGGUGUGGUAAAACUUUACGCUUCGUCGUAA